GAAGGGAAGGCAGCCGACCUGUGCUGAGCUGCUCCGGGGCUGCCUGUGGCUUUGCAGUGUGCACCGCUCGCCAUGAGGAGUGCCCCACCGCUCGCCUGCUCUUUCUGCUCCCGGCUGCUCUUGCUCCCGGUCUUCUGAACCUGCGGCCGAUGCGGAUCGCGAGGCACCCCACAAUCUGCUCUUCGCUCCCCGCCGGCUCCCGGGGUCCUGCCCACCCCCUGUAAAGAGCCGGAGCCCCACCUGUGGAGGAGGUGGCGCAGGGCGCACCCCCACGGGGACCCGGCUACGCUGGGCUUGCUAACGAAACGAGAACAUUUUGCAUUUUUUGGGGGGGGUAGAGGUGCUGGGAGCCAGUGCAAGGGUUCGGGGCACGGAGGAGGAGGAGAAGGAGGGAAAUCUCUGGGCUAGUCUGUCCUUGGGGAGAGGUUUCCUCCCCCAGGCUUGGGGGAGAUUAUGGGACUCCCAGCCCUGGAGUUCAGUGACUGCUGCCUGGACAGCCCGCAGUUCCGAGACACGCUCAAGUCUCAUGAAGCUGAGCUGGAUAAGACCAACAAGUUCAUUAAAGAGCUCAUCAAGGAUGGGAAAGCCCUCAUCUCGGCGCUCAAGAAUUUGUCUUCUGCCAAGCGGAAAUUUGCUGAUUCCCUAAAUGAAUUUAAGUUCCAAUGCAUAGGAGAUGCAGAGACAGAUGAUGAAAUGUGCAUUGCAAGGUCUUUGCAGGAGUUUGCCACUGUUCUCAGGAAUCUUGAAGAUGAGCGGAUACGGAUGAUUGAAAAUGCCAGCGAAGUGCUCAUCACACCUCUUGAAAAGUUCCGCAAGGAGCAGAUUGGGGCUGCCAAGGAUGCCAAGAAGAAGUAUGAUAAGGAAACAGAGAAGUAUUGUGGUGUCUUGGAGAAACACUUGAACUUGUCUUCCAAGAAGAAGGAAGCUCAUCUUCAUGAGGCAGACAGCCAGGUAGACCUGGUCCGGCAGCAUUUUUAUGAAGUCUCCCUUGAGUAUGUCUUCAAGGUGCAGGAAGUCCAAGAAAGGAAGAUGUUUGAGUUCGUGGAGCCUCUGCUGGCCUUUCUGCAGGGACUCUUCACCUUCUAUCAUCAUGGUUAUGAACUUGCCAAGGAUUUCAGUGACUUCAAGACACAGUUGACCAUCAGCAUACAGAAUACAAGAAAUCGCUUUGAAGGUACCAGGUCAGAAGUGGAGUCACUGAUGAAAAAAAUGAAGGAGAAUCCUCACGAACACAAGACCAUUAGUCCUUACACCAUGGAGGGCUAUCUCUAUGUCCAGGAGAAACGUCACUUUGGCACUUCUUGGGUGAAGCACUAUUGUACAUACCAGCGGGAAUCCAAAAGGAUCACCAUGGUGCCCUUUGACCAGAAAUCAGGAGGAAAGGGGGGAGAAGAUGAAUCAGUCAUUCUCAAAUCAUGCACACGACGGAAAACAGACUCAAUUGAAAAGAGGUUUUGCUUUGAUGUGGAAGCCAUAGAUAGGCCAGGUGUUAUCACCAUGCAGGCAUUGUCUGAAGAGGACAGGAGACUGUGGAUGGAAGCCAUGGAUGGGCAGGAACCAGUCUACAACUCAAACAAAGACAUUCAGAGUGAAGGAACUGCACAGUUGGACACCAUUGGCUUCAGCAUAAUCAGGAAGUGCAUCCAUGCUGUGGAAACCAGAGGGAUCAAUGAGCAAGGACUCUACAGAAUUGUUGGCGUCAACUCCAGAGUCCAGAAGUUGCUGAGUGUUUUGAUGGACCCCAAAACAGCUUCUGAAACAGAAGUGGAUAUCUGUGCGGAGUGGGAAAUAAAGACUAUUACUAGUGCACUGAAGACUUACUUAAGAAUGCUCCCUGGGCCACUCAUGAUGUACCAGUUCCAAAGAAGUUUCAUCAAAGCAGCGAAGUUAGAGAAUCAAGAGUCUCGCAUCUCAGAAAUCCAUGCCCUUGUUCAUCGGCUCCCUGAAAAAAACCGGCAAAUGUUACAGUUACUCAUGAACCAUUUGGCAAAUGUUGCUAAUAACCACAAGCAAAAUUUGAUGACUGUGGCAAACCUGGGUGUGGUGUUUGGACCCACACUGCUAAGACCGCAAGAAGAAACAGUGGCAGCCAUCAUGGAUAUCAAGUUCCAGAAUAUUGUGAUUGAGAUAUUAAUAGAAAACCAUGAAAAGAUAUUUAACACUGUGCCUGAUGCACUCCUCACAAACACCCAGCAGAGCUUGUCUUGGAAGAAAAGCAAUGACUCGAAGCCACCCUCCUGCAGCGAGAGGCCACUGACGCUCUUUCACACAGUACAGGCCACAGAAAAACAAGAGCAAAGAAACAGCCUCAUCAACUCCAGUCUGGAAUCUGUUGUCUCCUCAAAUGCCAACAGCAUCCUCAACUCCAGCAGUCCUCUGCAGCCCAUUGUGAACUCAAGUGACCCUGAGCUGGAAGUGGUGAAACCCUUUAGGCCCAGUUCACCCCCCCCGAAUCCAAGCCCAACUUCACCCCUCUCACCGUCCUGGCCCAUGUUCUCAGCGCCAUCCAGUCCUAUGCCCACCUCAUCUACGUCCAGUGACUCAUCCCCCAUCAGCUCACCAUCCCGAAAAGCAAAAGCCUUGUAUGCUUGCAAGGCUGAACAUGACUCAGAGCUCUCGUUCACAGCAGGCACUGUCUUCGAUAAUGUUCAUCCAUCUCAGGAGCCUGGCUGGUUAGAGGGAACUCUGAAUGGGAAGACAGGAUUAAUCCCGGAGAACUACGUUGAGUUUCUCUAAGUUUGGACACCCGAGCAAUACUGCUGAAUGUUACAUGGUAUCCAUGACAACUGCUGAUCAGGGUGCAAUAGAUCAUUUCUCUCAGCCAGGAGAAAUGCAGGGCGAUGGACUCUUUUUCCUCUGUCAAAAUGAAUGUUUCUGUGAAUCCUAGUUUCCCUGUGUCUGUGAUCAUCUCAGCUGAUGCGCACAGCAGUGCUUCGAGUGGUGGAAUCAGGAGGACAGCUGGGUUCUGAGACGUUGGUAGAAGGCUUGCAACGUGGCCAUUUUCUCAUGAACGCUUCAAACAGAGAGGACUUAUUCUCAUCCUGGGGGGAUCUGAGCACACGACUCAGGCAUGGAGGAGUAGGCAAUAAGUUUCUCCCAGAAACCCAGGAGGUGGGGGAAGGAGACUGACCAGAAGAAGGGUCUCUCUCUGAUGGUGGGGUGGGCUUCUGCAUUUGUUUACAGCAAGCUCUUUCUUCAUUCCAUGAGACCCACUCUGCUUGCAGGCAAGCUGCUGCCUGUCUGAUCUUGGGGUGGGAAGGGGUUAAGGCAUUGUUUACAUAAUUUCAAACCACUCACCAUUUCUGUAGCAGCUGUUUGCCCAUCCUCAGCAGAACUCAGUCCAAUCUUCUCACAGGAGGGAGCACACACCCCCCCCAGCAAAGGCCUGUCUCUUCAACUGAGGGCUGUGAUCACCUGGUAACCAUGGCAACCUGGCCUGCUGCAAAACAAACAAAAAAAAGAAAACACAAUCUCUCAAACACAGUUUUUUGCUCUUUUGCUCUUUUCCUUCACCCCUUGGCAUUGGUAUCUUUUCCUAAUGGUUUUAAAGGACUACUUCACAGAAGAACGGAGAAACUGGGAUGGUCUCCUUGGGGGCAGGCAUGACAGCAGCUGGGAAUUGGCCCCUUUCUGGAUGAGCAUGAGCCGUACCAGUUUAUAUUUGGAGCAAACCCUCAUAGCAUUUUUGAGAUUAGAUUGCAGCUAGGCAAAACAUUUGUGUUGCAUUCAACUGGCAUUUCCUCUCUGGAGGACAAGAUGCUGCUCCUGAAAGAUGACUUAUUCCCUUUGUCUUUCUGUUUGUCCCAUAUCCUGCCCAUCACCUCUCCUGGGCUUAGUCAGAACUGCACCCUUUCCCCAUUCCCUCAAACUCUUGCUUAUCAAAUUUGUCCGACAGAAUAUUGAGUUUCCACAUUUGGGGAAUGGGCCUAGUCCAGCUCCCCAUUCCUCUCUUGGUGGUUUUCAAGGAUAUCUAGUUCUUACCAUGUGGCCAAGGAUGCCACAUCUAUUCACUGCCAUUAGUAUAGAGUAAAUUGUUUUUUCAGUCCACCUAAGUAUUAGAUUGUUCUUCUAGCAAAUUGUGAUUCUAAAAGAGACCUCUUCCCCCGCAAGGAAAAAAAAAAGUAGAAGGAAAAAGGUGGUUUCUUGAAAAUUAUAUUCUCUUUGCAAAGAAGGGUGGGCACUUGGAAGAUCUUUGUGGGUAGAGAUUGUCUUCUGAGAUUGUCUUAGGGUAGGAAGAAAGGGGCCAGAGUGGGACUGUUUUCUGCUUCAGGUAGGAGUAUUAAGGGUAAAAAGCUUUACAAAUUCCUUUGAACAGCAUCUCAUUGGCUGACACAUUCACAAAAGAAAAAUGCUGAGCUGCCUGACCGCCCUUUUGGAACAAGCAUGUUUGUACCAAGGAGAAUUACCCUCUCCCUGUCUGACCCUUGAGUCCUACAACUCCUGUGGAAUUAACUUCAAAGAAAGAAAUGAAACUUGAGUUGGUGAAUUACUGUAUCUUACUUUUUUAUUGAAGAAAUUAACUUGUAAAUAGAGAAAUUUGAAUACUCUAUGGUAAAGUUUUAUAUUUGAUAUUUUAAGAUGAGCUAUAGUGAAUGAGCUACUUGACCCAAGCUUGUUUGGUGAAGAAAAGGAUGAUCAGGACACUUUAGCCAGCGUAGCCCUGACAAAAUCUCAAUUAGCCCCAACUGCUCAUUUGAUUGGUGGGAAGUGCUUUUGCUAACUUUCAUUGAUCCAGAAAUAUUAGCUAAUUCUUUCUCAGGCCUUGGUGUUGGAGUAAGAGGAAAGGAGGAGCUUAAGUAAAUAAAACCUCCCACUGAGUGAUUGAUCAGCUUCUGGAGUAGUGAGGUAGGAGAGGCAGGAGCGUGUUUCAGUGGCCAGUGGGCAUGGGGAAAGAGCAAGGGAUUUUCAGUUGGUAUUCUCUUAGGGGUAAUGCAUGAUGCUUACCAUAUAUGGAGGACAUGUGACAGCUUCUGGAUCUUUAUCCCUUACCUCCCCCCACCCCCCCCCACACACACAUCUAAGACUCACUGGUUCUUGAGUAUCUGCAAGGGAUUAAAAUCUAGGCCUUCUUCCCUAUUUCCUCUACCUCCUAUACACCUUUCUUCUAGCUAUUGAAACAAGAGGUGAACAUGAUGGUCGCGAGCAUGUCCUUCCUUUUAUCCUCAUUGGCAUAGAAGGUUCUAGCCUCAUCGAUGCCAUCAAUGUUAUCAGAGCCAGGUGUUUUGUUUUCAUCCCCAGUUCAUGCGAGUUCCCCCUUGUCAUUUUAUCACAGCUCAAGGAUCGACUGUGUGUUUUCUAGUAACCCAGUCAAGGUCUUCCAAGAACACUGCUGUAGAAUAAACAGAACAAGAGUUCUGCAUGGGCAGAAAGAAAGGGCUCAAAGGGGUUGUUGGUAUUAACCCAAGGAACCAGAGUCCAUAUGGAUAAGGCAGAGUAUAUUCCUUGGGGGAAUGAGAGAGGAAGGGAGGGAUCUCCCAAAGAAGGAACAGUCACUUCGAGGGCAAACAAUUUCCAGUCUUGUCUUGUGUGCUUUUUUUUUUUUACCAAUAAAAAGAAGCAAACCAAAGUUUUCAGUACAUUUGGUAUAUUUAAAUAGCAACGUACCCAGUCAGAGCUAAGUGUAUGUGGGCUCUGUGCACUGUCCUGACUAGAGAAAGUUUCCCCCUUUGCCGUCCUGUGGUCCAAAGCAUUUUCCCUUGGAAGCUUAUUCAUCAGUCCACAGCAGGGAGUCUUGUUUUGGAGCCAAAGGGAGAUAGAGCUGCUGUCCUUGAGAUUUUUCAGGCUUAUCCCCUUCCCUUGCUAGGCUACUCUAGGCCAGUGACAGAUGGCUCUAUGUUUUCUGCUUUUCUCAGCAGCCUGUCUUCAUGCCUAUUAGCCCCAGACCAGGUAAAAAACCACUCUGAAAAGGGACCAGGGAGAAGAAAGACAUUGUCCUUUUAACCUUGGUCUUUAAUAUUUCCAUUAUUGAUUUUCCCCCAGUUUUCCAUCUUUCAGCUUAAUUAGAAAUGUGGUAGGGAGGAUGGAAUGAUGGACUGGAGUAGAGAAACUGGUCAUUGGUGAAUGUUUACCUGAGUUCACCCUGGAACCUGACACCUCUUACAAAGCCUGAUGGAUCCUUUAUUUUGGUCAAAGUGAUGAAGAUCUUCUAGAUGACUACCAGGACCUGAAGAAUGGGGUCAGCUGGCAUACCUCCCAGUAUUGAGGAGGUCAGCAAUUCUCUCAGCUCUUUUCAGAUCUCCAGAGAUAGAAGUUAUACAGCCUAGCCUCCUUUUGAUCUCCCAACCUUAUGUUUACCACUUCCUAGGUGAAAGUGUUCUUCCUUAUCUCUGACCAAAUUCCCAUUUCAGUGUUAGUCCACUUUUUGCUUGGUGCUCCAUGGACACUGAAAACAAAUGACACAUUUGUGGGUGAUAAUGACCUUACUGAAGGUCAGUUUGGACACUUGCCUAGGACUCUACUUGUAACAGUGCCCAGAGAGGAAAGAACUCUAACACCUCUUUAAAUCAUAGAUUUGGGAAUAAUAAAAAUAACAGUCCUGCCUGAUUAGUAGAGCUUCAGGUGACUUAGAAGUUCAUUACCUUAGGGCAUUUUGCCUUUUAGGCGCUCCUACUUCCUAAAGGCACCAUGAAUCAUCUAUUGGACAGUUAUGUAUAAAGGUACAUUGGGAACGUCAGUUCCUUCUACAGCCAUACAAUUUAACAUAGGCCUAUAUGUAUUGGAAAAACAACUCUGUCACGGCCAGAAAAGCAGUCAGUAUUAAAAUUUGCUGCCUGAUUUUAAAAAAAAAAUUGUUACCAAUAUGUUCCAGUUUAGAGAGUUAACCGUUAUCUCUGGCUAAUUUUCCUAUAAUCAGUUACUUUGACAGUCCUGUUUCAUACUUCCCAAUAAAGUCAGCAGCUAUUAGGCAGUUCACUGUGCUGGUGUUUAAAAAAUUCUCCAUAUGCUCAGAUGUGUUUAGCAGCCAUACUGAUCCCCCAAGAACGCCCUGUUGCUCCCUACUUGGAGAAUAAAAUACCAGUAGUAGUGAAAUGAACCUUACUCUUACAGACUACCUGUGAUAAGACUCCAAAGGGUUAUAAUUAGCUUCUUCCUUUGAUAUCUAUAAUUUUCAUUUAAAGAGCUUCCAAACAUGGGGUGAAAAGACACUUAGAAAAUCCAAAUGCACCAAAACCAAGCAGUGGAAUGAGUAGGCAUCUAACACUACUUCUAGAGGGACCCCUUGGGAGAUUAAGGAACUAACAUCACUCCAUGGGUCUAUACGUCACAGUGCACAACGAGAUGGGGAAUAUGACAUGAUAACAACAUUGGAAGUUGAGGCAGGCCCCAGAAUACUGUUGAAUGCCCAAGUGAUGAUUUUAGUAUCAUUCCCCUAGUCAAAAUUUUCUACAGUGUUCCCAUUUGAGAAGCAGAAUAUUAGAAUAAAAAUAGAAAAAUCAGCAGAAUGUCACAGCAUCUAGGCUACUCAGACCAUGCCUUGAAAGUGUUAAGUGAUGGUACCGAAUGGUUUCCACCUUGCUAUACAAAGACUACAGGCAUCUUUCUUGACCAUUUAAAUGUCCAUCCUCACAGGCAUAUCACAUCCAGGGUUAGUUCUAUACCUGUGAAUGGAAAGAUCUGAAAAUUCAACAUAUAUAUAUAUCUAUAUGUAGAUAUAUAUAUAUAUGAGUAUGUGUUUGUGUAUAUGUAUGUACAUAACAUAUAUUUACAUAUAUAGUUAUAUAAGCAGACCCACAGAAGCCUGCAGUCACUGAGCCAUUGUAGAGUUAAAGAUUCAGGGGUUAGGAAAUAGGUUAGAGAGGCAAGUUACUGACUCUAAAAAAUGAUCAGAGGUGUAAAUUAAGUGCCAUUUUAAAACUUUGUUCAUAUUUAUAAGAUGUUUACUAUCUACAGCGAUGUUCUUUAUUAACUUAAAAUUAUGUUGAAAAAUCAUACAUUGAUUGUGGUAACUGGUUCUCAGCUACCAUGUUCAGAAGCAUUCUCAAAGAUGUCAAUAUUUCAGGAAAGAAAGAUUAUGCAUGUUUUAAUUUGUUAUUUAGGCUACCUUUGAGUGUGCUAUAAAGUGCUGUGAUGUAAUAAAUAUUAAUAAAGUACUUAAAAAUGGCACCUUAAUGUUAAAAAAUUAUACUGUAUAAAUAAUGCACUAUCUUAAACUUCAACUCAGUAUUUGGUAUUGACUGGUGUGUAGAAUCCAGUACAGUAAUUACAAAGUAAUUUGUGAUUAGAGUGCAACUCACCCCACACACAGACACCAGUUAUUAGUAAAACAGAUAUUUGUUUUGUUUCACCAUGUGCGAGCUUUAAAGAAAAAAAAUGCUAUUGCUUUAUUCUACUGCAGCUAUGGAGACCAAGCAAUUUCUGUCCACGUGGCCUUUGAGACUUUCCUUUCUUACAUUUGGUCAGUUUGUGUGACAAUCCCUGUAAAAGGAGUGGAAGUUUGAUUUCAAAUUAAAUGAUUUUUCCAUUUGG